UCAGACACUUCCGGGUGUUUCCUUCGGCCGGACCGUGGACUCUUGACAGCAAACUCACGACGCUUUUCUUUUUACAUUUCAAGUCUCCUUUUUUGGUCGAAAUGAACCGUAUUUUUGGCAAAGGCAAACCCAAAGCCCCCCCACCGAACCUGACCGACUGCAUUGGAAACGUUGAUUCUCGGACCGAGUCCAUCGACAAGAAAAUCGCCAGACUAGAUGUAGAACUUGUGAAGUACAAGGAUCAGAUGAAGAAGAUGAGGGACGGGCCCUCAAAGAACAUGGUGAAGCAAAAAGCCAUGAGAGUUCUGAAGCAGAAGAAAAUGUAUGAAGGCCAGAGGGAUAACCUCAUGCAGCAGUCGUUCAACAUGGAGCAAACCAACUACACAAUCCAAACCCUCAAAGACACUAAAACCACAGUUGACGCCAUGCAAUUGGGCCUUAAAGACAUGAAGAAAGCCUAUAAGAACGUGAAAAUCGAUAAGAUCGAGGAUCUCCAGGAUCAGCUGGAGGACAUGAUGGAGGACGCCAACGAGAUCCAGGAGGCGAUGGGCAGGAGCUACGGCACGCCUGACAUCGACGAGGACGACCUGGAAGCAGAGCUGGACGCUCUGGGAGACGAGCUGCUAAUGGAUGACGACAGCUCUUACCUGGACGAGGCGGCCACCGCUCCCUCCAUCCCAGAUAGUCUCCCGGGCGACCGGUCCACCAACAGAGAUGGCGUGCUGGUGGAUGAGUUUGGCCUUCCCCAGAUUCCCGCUUCCUAAGGCACCGAUCCGGACCCGUGACAUGCUAGUUUUACAUGUAUCGUAGCCUUCUUUUGUAUUUAUCAACUCACACUCCUGACCUUACGAGCGCAUCACGGAAAACCAAAGAAUAUUCUGUAGGAUGAGUUACAGAAAAUGGACGGUAAAAUCAGGCAUCUUGGUUUAAAGUUUGAUUGUUAUUCUUUGACCGGGCGAUUGCUGGAAUUGGGAUUCUUUUAACUUUGUACAGUUUCUGCAGCAGCAACAAAAUAAACUAUUUUUCAAAUGACAGAAA